GUGUUACAGAUAUUAAAAAGGAUCAAAUCUCAAAGUACGUCAACAUUGUAUUGAUGUUCUCGUUGAGAAUGCCAUUAUAACUAUUGAACAUAAUAGGAUUUUGAUGCAUGACUUGCUAGAACAAAUGGGUAAGCAUAUAGUUUGGGAAGAAUCGCCCACUGAACCAGGCGAGCGGAGCAGAUUGUGGCAUCCUAAAGAUGUGUACCGUGUUCUAACUCAAAACAGAGGAACAAAGAAAAUUAAAGGCAUUGUGGUGAUAUUGCCCGUGCCAGAUGUGAUACCCCUGAAUACAAAAAGCUUUUCCAAGAUGGUGAAUCUUGAAUUUUUUAUAAUUCGUAAUGCAUACUUUUCUGGAUGCGUUGAGUAUUUACCCGACGAUUUGAGGUGGAUUGAAUUCGGUGGGCUUCAUUUCUGGGGAUCCAAUAUUCUUCAAAAGCAAAUACUUACAUUCAAUUUGCAACCCAAUUGUCAUCUCAGAAAUCUUGUCACGUUUAUUAUGCCAAACAGUGACAUCAAACAAUUGAAGGUGUUUCAGAAUUUGGCAAUGCUUACAUCCUUGAAUUUAAGUGGUUCCGAAUUCUUAGAAAAAAUUCCCAACUUAUCCGGAAGUCCAAACCUAAAGGAGUUGAUUCUAAAUGAGUGUAAACGUUUAGUUGAAGUUGAUGAUUCUGUUGGAGUCCUUGAUAAACUUGAUAGAUUAAGUCUUCAUGAGUGCUCUAGGCUUGAGAGAUUUGCGACGAGACUUAGAUUGAGAUCCCUUCAAAGCCUUAAUCUUUAUGGUUGCACAAGGCUCAAGAGUUUCCCAGAAAUAGAGGCUGAGAUGGAAUCUCUAGAGUAUUUGGACAUAUCAAAAAGUGGCAUAAGAGAAUUGCCUUCAUCAAUUGCAUAUCUUACUGGGCUUAAAGUUUUGAAAGCAAAUGAAUGUGAGAACCUUACAGUUACAUCAUUACAUCACAUUUAUGGGUUGCAACAUCUCGACUAUAUUGAAAUGGAUGGAUGCCCAAAACUGGUGACAUUUGGGAAGUUUUCAACUCGCUUAGAUACUUCACAUUACAACGGUAUUCCAUUAGCCCUUUUCAACUUACGCCAUCUUGAUCUUGGUGGAUGCAAUUUAUCAGAAAGUGAUUUCCUUGUGCCUCUUCAAUAUGAACCAUCCAGUCUUCAUUGCUGGUCCACAGUAACAUAUCUUGAUCUGUCGAGAAACAAUUUUGUUAGUCUUCCGGAUUGCAUUAGCAAUUUUGUCAUCUUGGAGCAGCUUAGAUUGCAAGGCUGCAAGAGGCUUCGGGAAAUUCCACAUGCCCUUCCACCAAAUCUAAGGGAAUUAUAUCUGGAUGAUUGCACAUCAUUGGAGAAAAUUCCAAAGUUGCCCUCGGGGCUUAGGCGUCUGCAGUUGACUAAUUGCUUUGGACUAAUUGGCGAUGAGGUGGCAAAGUUGGAAAAUAAUUGGUUGAACUGGAAUCAGGAAUCAUUACCAAGGCACAGAGGCCAGCCAAGAACAAAGAAAGCCAGACAAGGCUAACAGACAAGGAGAAAGCAACAGACAGGAAGAGACUCGGGAUUACAAUAAGACGCUGCCACAAAUGGCGAACACGUCAUCCCCAAAAAACACCAGCCUAAGCGAUCAAGUCGGAGGGUAAGGCAAACCAUCUUUGUUCAAAAUUCUAACAAAAGAAGUUGGGCGUCUCAACCCACACAGAGUUGCACAUCUCCGGAGUAAAAUUGCAGAUAACAAGACCCUCAUAAUCUCACAGGUCUCGGCUUGUGUCGGUUGUUUAAAUUUCUGGUGUAAGGCAAGAAAGUGAACUCAUUAAUGUUGUUGCUCUAGUUAGUCAGCCUGCUGUUUCUGCCAAGGAAUCGAGAAGUCUGUGCUCUCUUUGUGUUCCACCAUUGGAAGCUGGGAGUGAAGCAUGCAUUAGUUGUUGGAAUUGGACCUCAAAUUCUUCAACAGGUUUGAUAGAAAAAGUUAAAAGGGAAAUUUUAUUUGAACCCAUGUAACUUUUUUUCUACACUCCUCAGGUGUAUAAGCAGGCCGGCGUCACCGUUCUUAUCUAACAGGGUUGAAUCCAAAAUCUGCAUCUCUCUUCGUCGCUGCUGCUCUCCACAUUACAUUGUCCCUCACUCUUCUUGUAGUUGCCAACAUUGUCAACUUGGGAACUGUUCUGAAUGCAACAAUCUCCACCGCCGUGCCUGCUGCUUCGUCAUGGCAUUUGGAGUAACCCCGAACAUUCUCUGCGCAGAGGUCAUCCCUACCAGCAUCCACGGCCUGUGCAUUGCCAUCUGUGCCCUCACAUUCUGGAUUGGAGACAUCAUCAUCACUUACGCAUUUCCUGUCAUGCUCUCCUCCGUUGGAUUUGCUGGCAUCUUCGGAAUCUAUGUUGUCGGGUCCAUCGUUCCCGGAUACUUGUUUACUUGAAGGUGCCUGAAACUAAAGGCAUGCCUCUUGAAGUUAGCUGCUGCUGAUGCAUCUGUUGGAUUCCAAUGAUAACUGAUUUGAUUGUUUAGAGGGUUUGAAAGUUUGGUUUGGCUUUA